UAUCAAAAUCACUGAUCAAAAACAGCGGACACGUGUAUUAUAGAUGUUUAUCGCACAUUCUAUAUAAGGUUUAAUAUAGGUAAAAUGACACUAUAUUUUCUGAACCUAGAUAACUUAUUGGUUGGCCAAAGAAUGAAGUGUGAGUACAUUGCGGUGGAAAUAUUAUUUUUUUUCAUAACGUUAUUCGGAACUACUAAGGGAGAUAUACAAGAUGCAUUGGUGGAGGAGGGAACAACGGCCGAAAAUGAAUGUUACCUUGCAGAAUUUUCAGACGAUGUCUGGCCCUGUGCCGAUUUUGACAAUAAGGUCAUGCAAUGCGACCCUCUCGAGCUUGGUAUGGUGGAAGGAAAGGACGGGGAAUUGGGCUUGCAAGGAGUGAUUGAAGUUAAUUCCGAAAUUAAGGAAGGAACAAUGAUGAACGUCGAAAUAUGGAAAAUCUUGGAUAUUGGAAAGGAAUACCUAUUCCAUACUCAAGGUGACAUAUGUAGCAGUUUAACAGACCCAAACACACCGUGGUUUCCUAUGGUUGAUGCAAUGAAGAUAAAAGAAUGUCCCAUAGCAGUGAAAAAAUAUGAGGUAAAAAAUAUGGUAAUCAAUUUGGAGCAAACGAAGGAAAUGUUGAACCACGAGGUGUGCGGCUCAUAUAUAAUGCAAUUGUCGAUGUCUAUAGAAAUGGAGAAGAUAUCUUGUCACGAGCUAGGGAUUGAUUUGAGUGCAUACAGUUGCAAUAAAACUAAAGACUAAAUUGGUAAA